AAAAAAGGGAAAAGGGGACCAUUUGCAUGGCGCUGAGGGAGCCCCACAUUGCAUCAUCGCUGGCCGACCCACCCCGGAUCCGAGCAUCGCAGCGGGAGCUCUCUCGGAGCUUCCACUUUUCUUUCGCCGAGGCCGAAGAAGGCCGGAGACCGCGGAAAUCACUCAGACCCCGCGACAAGAGUCAGACGGUGAGUCUGCUACCUUCGGUUCCGUCGAACCCGGUGCUCCAGGCUUGGGUUAAACCGAAACCCCACCUCGGUGACUUUGCAAUCUCGCACAAAUCGCGCUGGCGUCAACCGAACCCUAGGGACCCGUCGCCGACAUCGACCACAAGACGCUGUCGCUCCCUCCCGUGGAAGAUGACGCCCCGUUUCUCAUCGCAAUGGCCUCACAACCAAGAAUUCUGAUGGCUUCAAGCCUCAACCGGGCCAAAGCAGCCCAGUUCCUCCGACCGCGAGGCCCUUGCGCAUCCCUUUAUCGGCAACCAUGGACGCCCCGACUCGGCGCGUUGAGCGCGACCGCUGCGUCUCCUCUACGAGCCGUCUUCCACACGACCACCCUACGCAGCUAUGGCCCGAGAACGCCGAGCGUCGAACCGAGCCAGUCCCCCGCCGGACAGAAGACGGUCGCCCCUCCAUCACAAGACCCCCUCGCGACAAUAGACAAGAGCGCGCAGGAGCAGCGCAAGGCUGAUUGGGCCAUCAUGAAAGAGAUGUCGCGAUACCUAUGGCCGAAAGAUAGCUGGGGGGACAAGUUCCGCGUACUGCUAGCCGUGGGGUUACUGGUCGGCGGCAAGGUGCUCAACGUGCAGGUGCCCUUCUUCUUCCGGGAGAUCGUCGACUCGCUGAAUGUCGACAUCGCCGCGACGGGGGGUACGGUGGCCACCGUGGCCGGGACCAUGAUAUUUGCUUACGGCGCCUCCAGGAUAGGGGCUGUCGUGUCGCAGGAGCUGCGAAAUGCCGUCUUCUCGUCGGUUGCGCAAAAGGCGAUUCGGCGCGUGGCUACCAGGACAUUUGGGCACCUCCUAAACCUCGAUCUCAACUUCCACCUGUCCAAGCAAACCGGUGGUUUGACCCGUGCCAUCGACCGCGGUACCAAGGGUAUCAGCUUCCUGUUGACCAGCAUGGUGUUCCACAUUGUACCCACAGCGUUGGAGAUCAGCAUGGUGUGUGGUAUCUUGACGUAUCAGUUUGGCUGGGAGUUUGCCGCGGUCACGGCACUCACCAUGAGUGCCUACACGGCCUUUACCAUCUGGACAACCGCGUGGCGGACCAAAUUCCGCCGCCAGGCCAACGCGGCCGACAACAAGGCGUCCACUGUUGCCGUGGACUCGCUCAUCAACUACGAAGCCGUCAAGUACUUCAACAACGAAAAGUACGAGAUCGGACGCUAUGACAAGGCCCUCCACCAGUAUGAGAAGAGCUCCAUCAAGGUCGCCACAUCACUAGCCUUCCUCAACAGUGGUCAGAACAUCAUCUUCUCGUCAGCCCUCACGAUCAUGAUGUGGCUCGGCGCCAAGGGCAUCGUCGGGGGCUCGCUCUCGGUGGGCGAUUUGGUACUGAUCAACCAACUGGUCUUCCAGCUCUCCGUUCCGCUGAAUUUCCUGGGGUCAGUCUAUCGCGAACUGCGUCAAUCCCUCCUCGACAUGGAGACGCUCUUCAAUCUCCAAAAGGUCAACGUCUCAAUCAAGGAGAAGCCCAAUGCUGCCUCCCUCGUCCUACCCAAGGGCGGCGAGAUCCGCUUCGAUAACGUCUCCUUCGGGUACUACCCCGACCGGCCCAUCCUCAACAACCUCUCCGUGACCAUCCCUGCAGGCAAGAAAGUGGCCGUUGUCGGGCCGUCGGGCUGCGGCAAAUCCACACUGCUCCGCCUCCUCUUCCGCUCCUACGACCCCCAAUCCGGACGCAUCUUCAUAGACGACCAGGAUAUCCGCGACGUCUCGCUCGACUCGCUCCGCCGCUCCAUCGGCGUCGUCCCGCAGGACACCCCCUUGUUCAACGACACGGUCGAGCUCAACAUCCGGUACGGCAACCUCGACGCGUCACGCGAAAACGUGCUGGAGGCCGCCCGCCGCGCACACAUUCACGAUAAGAUCGAGUCGUGGCCGCACGGGUACCAGACCAAGGUCGGCGAGCGCGGCCUGAUGAUCUCGGGCGGUGAGAAGCAGCGCCUGGCCGUCUCGCGUCUCAUCCUCAAGGACCCGCCGCUGCUGUUCUUUGACGAGGCCACCAGCGCGCUAGACACGCACACCGAACAGGCGCUGAUGUCUAAUAUCAAUGAGGUGCUGAAGGAGAAGCAGCGGACCAGCCUGUUUGUGGCGCAUCGGUUGAGGACCAUCUACGAUGCAGAUGUGAUUAUUGUCCUGAAAGAGGGGCGGGUGGUCGAGAUGGGGAGCCAUCGGGAGCUGAUGGAGGGGAACGGCCUGUAUGCGGAGCUAUGGAUGGCCCAGGAGAUGUCGAUGCAUGACCAAACCGUGGGUCGGGCCGAAAAGGAGUUACCGGUGAAAUAAGGACUCGUGGAGAGACCUAAAUUUCCUGUAACGGGACGGAUAGACGGAAGAGCGGUUCCAACUAUGCUG